UAUGAGAAACACGUGGUGAGCGAUUUGUAUGUAAACAACUUAAUGGUGAAAAUUUUGUGUAGUUUACUGUUCUUGUUAAAGUACACUUAUUUCCUUUUAACAUUAUUCGAGAACGACAGUCUACAAUGAGUUUUGACAAAUUUAAGGAUACUAUAGAGCAAGGAGAUACUGUCAUUCUUUAUUUGAAUGUUAAUAGUAUGCAUGCUAUUCAAGUUCAACCUAAAAUUAAGAACAAGAAAGAUGAAUGGGUUGAAAAUGUUUUUCAAACGACCUACGGUGCACUGAAGGUCCAGUCUCUUGUCGGAAAAAAGUUUGGAACUAAAGUAGCAUUGUCAAGAGGAUGGGCGUAUGUCUUGCACCCCACACCCGAGCUGUGGACCCUGACCUUACCACAUCGAACACAAAUUAUAUAUACUCCAGACAUUAGCAUGAUAAUUUUUCAGCUAGAAAUAAGACCUGGAAGUGUGGUUGUUGAAUCUGGCACUGGAAGUGGCUCUUUGUCACACGCUCUUAUACGCUGCAUCAAGCCACAAGGACAUCUGUACACAUUUGAUUUUCAUGAAUAUCGCGUGUCAGUUGCUCGUGAAGAAUUUGAAACUCAUGGUAUUGGACAAUAUGUUAGUGUGAAACAACAAGAUGUGUGUCAAGAUGGCUUUGGAACUGAGCUAAAUGGCAAGGCAGAUGCGUUAUUUCUUGAUCUUCCACAUCCUUGGGAAGCUGUGCCCCAUGCUGCUGCUGUUAUCAAGGAUUUAGGUGGGCGGUUCGUGUCCUUCUCUCCGUGCAUCGAACAAGUACAGCGCACCUGUGAGGCGCUCCGUCAGCAUGGCUUUGUGGAGCUCACCACCUUGGAGUGUGUCCAGAGAGAGCUGCAUGUCCAAACCCGCAGCUUGCCAAUCCUGCAAUUAGACUUCCUGCAGCACCAGAGAAAUGACACCGCGAAGGAUAUCGGAGUAGAAGCUGGAGUUUCUGGAAGCGAAACAUCAGGAAAGGUUGGCCGAAAGUCGUCAGCCGACAGAGAGAUGUGCCGCUUUGUGACGGGAAUGCCACCCCAGUCACUGACAGGUCACACGGGGUACCUGACCGCCGCUACCUUGCCACCUGUCUGGACCAGAGCCACUCGCCCCACACAGGACCAGCCUCCAACAUCAGUCUAAUCGGAUCGCCACACAACAUUCGCCAUUAUCCUGUACUAGAUUUAAUUCAGAAUAUAGAUACAGUUAUUCUUUUGUAUGUCUCCAUGGCUUUCGUCGUUUUCAUUGCUGGAAAACCACAGUAAUGAGCGUCAGGAAGUAAGAGAUGCAGAUUACUUUAUUUUCAUUGUAUUAUUACCAAUCACUAGGGGAGGAUAGUUCUUUGGUGUCUGAAUAAGAAAUGUCGUUCGUAGCGCGAAAGGAUUAAACAAACUCUUGUGGAAUUCUUUGUUCCUUUUUUGCAUAAUCACUAUUACUGUAUCAAAAAAUACAUGUGUAAAAUAUGUAAUCCAUUUUUCCUCUGACAGUUCUUAACACUUGCGGCUGCAGUAAAUAAUGAACUACUGUUCAUGAAUUGUCUUAUCUCUUCAUUUGAAUCGGGGAUUCAAGCAAAACCGAAACGGCAAGAACUUCAUCAAGCCCAAUGUCUUCAGAAAGCGAAGUCGAGCUUCAUGUUUCCCCCAAAUACUGUCGAAAUCUUUGCGAUUUAAAAUACAUAUUGUUUAGUAUUCUUCGUGCUGCUCAAUUAGAUAUUUCUAGAGCUGUCUUAUUUAAAUGUACGUUUCAGUACAAAUAAGCUUAUUUGUUAUUCUUACGUGCGACAUGUUGAGACGAGUGUGGUAAGAGUUCUGAAGACGGGUAUUCGGCUAUUCAUUUAUAUAUUCCUUUUUUAAUCAGUUUAUCGAAUAUAAAGUACUGAAACGUGUUUGUAACAUUGAUAUAACUGUUUACUUUGUUAAGACGUUUUGUUGUUUUGUGUUAAAACAUUAAGUUGUAGUGAAAAAUAAUUAAUUUUUUAAAAUAGCUUGCUCAUUUCUUUUCAGCCUCGAAGUAGAAACUUUCCCAUGGCGAGUUUCAUUUAGAAACCAAACCCCUUUUUUUGUGUAUUUGUGUGGAAACUUGCAAUUUCUAUUGAUUAAAACUACCAAUUCUUGGUUUGAAUUUUCAAAAGA